AUGGAAAGGAUGUUAGUUACGGAAUACUACACCAAGUUUAUUGAGUUGUCCCGUUUUGCUAAAGAGUAUGUCGCUACGGAGAAAGAAAAAGCUACGAAGUUGGAGAGUGGUUUAACUACUGAUUUGCAGUUAAAGCUGUGCGGGCAAGUAUUUGAGACCCUGGAUGAAGUAUAUGGAAGGGCCGCACACCUUUAUGCAUUGGAGGAGAAGAAGAAGAAGGAGUUAGCUGAAAUAGAAGGAAGAGAGAAGAGGAAAGAAGUGGGGCAGGUUUCUGGAAGCAGAAGUACCACCAUAACAAUAAAUUUCACAACAAUAAUAACUUCCAGGUAUUGUUUGAUUUCUGGUGCAACUUUUUCUUUUGUUUCCAAGGGUAUUGUUUCAAAACUUAAAGACUGUUUAAAGACAGUAGAAGUAGUAGAUUUACCCAUAACCAUUCCGACAGGUGGGGUAGGGAAAUAUACCAAAACCUUUAGAAAUGUGCCUUUAGAAAUAGAAGGAAAGAUAUUCCCGUCUGACCUUAUUGAGUUUGGGUUGAGUGACUUUGAUCUUAUUCUGGGAAUGGGCUGGUUGAGUAAGUAUAAUGCUGAGAUUAGUUGUAGAUCACAGAAAGUGAAGAUGGUCACAAGCGGAAAUGAAUCAGUGACUUACCAGAUGAAUGGUAAAACCAAGUGCCCAAGGGUAAUAUCAGUGCUAAAAUUAGCAAAAUACAUGAAGAAGGGACAUCCAGUAUAUUUCUGUAGUGUUAGGAAUAUGAACCAUGAACAAGUGACAAAUCCAGAAAAUAUAGAAGUAGUCAAUGAAUUCCUGGAUGUAUUUCCAGAGGAGAUUACUGGAAUGCCACCUAAGAGGGCAAUCGACUUUACCAUAGAUUUAGUUCCCGGAACAGCCCCAAUAUCCAAGGCACCAUAUCGAAUGGCACCUGCAGAAAUAAGUGAAUUAAAGGAGCAAUUGCAAGAUUUAUUGGAAAAGGGAUACAUUAGACCAAGUACGUCGUGGGCUAUAUGCAUGGGAAUUGAAAAUAGCACCCACUAG